AUGAAGUUUGAGAUUGUGAUAUUUAUGGUUGUAUUUCCUGGAUAUCUUCAAGCGGAAAGUAAUUUUGUGUAUAGAAGCAACUAUAAGAGAUUUAAUGAAGCUGUAGAAGAUUGUAAUAAUCGAGGUUUAGAAUUAUUAACAUUGUCAACAUAUCGUCAGUAUCUAGAUGCUCAGGAGAAUUUCGAUACCAGUUCAGUAACUUCACAGUCAGAUGGAUGUUGUCUAGACAUACUGUAUGUUCAUCUAAGGAAGCCAUCAUUUGAAUGGGGAGCCUUGGUGGCUCAUGAAAUUAAUGAAGAUUCGUGGUUGGCAUUAGAAUGGAAUUCAACUAUCGGCAACUAUCAGUGGUUAAAUGGACGAGUUCUAACAGAGUUGAGAUGGGGAACAGGAGAACCGAGUAACUAUACUGUAGCUGAUUGUGGUGUGAUGAAUGUAUCUUCUAGACUCUGGUAUACUCUACCCUGUACAGACAGUAGAUAUUAUCUAUGUGUUGGAUCAGAUAGAAGUACUACCAGUGUUGAUUUCUACACAGCAGUUCUCAAUUGUCAAUCUGAAGGCAGACGACUUCCGGUAGCCAUUACUAAUCUCGAUACAAACUGGUUGAAUGAUAACACUGAAUCUAUGACGCAUGAUAUCUGGCUUGGUUUGAUAGAAUAUGAUGAUUACUAUAGAUGGGUAACAGGAGAACACCUUACACCACCUUACCACUGGAAAGACAGUUACCGAUAUAUUAGAGUCCACUACCAUUAUAGUGGAAGUGAUAGUAGAUAUUUUCACUGUUAUGAUACACAAACAAGACAAUAUGUCUGUCAACCCAAACCUACAGACCCUGCAGUUGUGGUCCGUAGUUCAGAUAAGUUUGUGUUCGUGUCCAACAAUGCUAUGGUAUUGGGUUUCAUCAGAAAAACUACAACCAUCAACUCUUUAAGAAGAUUUCAGUGUGCUCUAGAGUGUUUACAAGAUACUGGUUGUAUACAGUAUACUAUUCAAGGUUAUCUGUGUAGAACAUUUGGUGAAAGUCUGGUCAUCACCGACUAUAGUCGAGGACACAUGUUGUGGCAAAAAAAAGUUAUAUCUUAA